UCUCUCCAUCCCUAGGAGCAGCCUAGGCUCUUCUCUCAAGCCUCAGGGGAGGGGGGUCCCUCUAGUGCCUCAGCCCCUGGCGAUUGCAGAGUUCCUUGGAAGCCUGGCCCCUACAGGGAAGGAGUCAUAACGGCAGGCCCCAGAGCAGAGGUAACUAGAGCCUGUUAAGGCUGCUCCCCAGGCUUGUCCCAAAAUUUGCAUGGAGAGAAUGAGGCUCCUCCGUGGGUCGCUCUGGAUUGUUCUGGGGCUGAGGCCUGACAGGCAGCAUAUAGGGGAGGCAGUCAGCCCUGAGAGGAGCUACUGCGCCAUCCUGAAAGCAAUGCCCAGGGUCUUCCUCGUGAGGAGCCGGCGUCCACAGCCACCGAACUGGAGCCGUCUGCCUGACCAGCUCAGGGGAGAUGCCUACAUCCCAGACUGCUGCAGCCUGGCGGUGCCACCGGGGCACAGAUCUCCUGGCCAGAGAGACACUUGGGCAGUGUCCUCACAGGGAACCCUGACCUCUGCUCCCAGGGCCCCGGGGACACUUGGCUGCCCACUUUGCCCCAAGGCUUUCCCGCUGCAGCGUAUGCUGACGCGGCACCUCAAAUGCCACAGCCCAGCACGCCGCCACGUGUGCCAUUGCUGUGGUAAGGGCUUUCACGACGCCUUCGACCUCAAGCGCCACAUGAGGACCCACACUGGCAUCCGGCCGUUCCGCUGCGGAGCUUGUGGGAAAGCUUUCACCCAGCGCUGCUCGCUUGAAGCUCAUCUUGCCAAGGUGCACGGGCAGCCAGCCAGCUACGCUUACCGGGAGCGCAGGGAGAAGCUGCACGUCUGCGAAGACUGUGGCUUCACCAGCUCUCGGCCUGACGCUUACGCACAGCACCGCACGCUCCACCGCACAACCUGAUGGCGCCCGCGGCUUGCUACCCGCGGGGACAAAUAAACACGGGAGACGCCAGUGUA